GAUAAGGUAAAAAAAAUAAUUUAGGGCAUAGCACAUUCCUGCCAUUAAUUCCCUCCUCACCUUCGCACAUUCCUCAUGGAACAGGGAGAGAGAGUGGACCUAGUAGCGACCAGCGAAGAGGUGGGCCCAGGUGCUGUGAAUCAACCCCUGCAACUUCAAAUAGCUGCCCCUCUGCCCACACCUGGAGACCUGGUGGUGGCUGCCCCUCUGCCCACACCUGGAGACCUGGUGGUGGCUGCCCCUCUGCCCACACCUGGAGACCUGGUGGUGGCUGCCCCUCUGCCCACACCUGGAGACCUGGUGGUGGCUGCCCCUCUGCCCACACCUGGAGACCUGGUGGUGGCUGCUCCUUUGCCAACACCUAAAGACCUGGUGGUGGCUGCUCCUCUGUCCACACCUGGAGACCUGGAUACUUGGAGAGGGUUCGGGGGCCAACUCCCCCGUGGCCCGGUCUGAGAUCAGGCCUCGUGAGCGAAACAUUGUCAAGAAAGGAUCGCAUUAUACUGCAUCUAGCUCUUUCCAUUCUGUCGGUAUUUUAUACUAAUUCAUUUCACUGAGUAAACA